UCUUUCCCCCUCGACAUCUACUUUUUUUCUCCCUUCCUUCCUCGUUGCUUCCAAACCGCCACUCCCCAACCCUACAAAUACAACCACCAAUCCCAAAUCCUACCAAAAUCCAAAUCUCAGAGAAAAUUUCACGCAAUUCAUUUCCAACUUUUUGAAUCUCGAUUUGAAAUGGAGAUCACCAGUGCCGCACACUACGACCGCGUCUUGCGUUACUUCGAUGAAGAUGGCGACGGCAAAAUCUCGCCCUCUGAGCUGAGGAAUCGUCUCGGAUUGAUAGGCGGAGAGCUGCUGCCGGCGGAGGCAGAGGCGGCGGUGGAAUCGCUCGACUCCGACGGCGACGGACUUCUCUGCGUCGGUGAUAUCGAGCGGCUACUGGACGUGGGGGAGGAAGAGAAAUUGAAGGACUUGAGAGAGGCUUUUGGAUUGUACGAUGCUGAAGGCUGCGGGUUCAUAACUCCGAAGAGCUUGAAGCGAAUGCUUAAAAAAUUGGGGGAAACGAAAUCCACGGCGGAGUGUAAAGUGAUGAUUCGCCGGUUCGAUUUGAACGGUGACGGUUUGAUUAGCUUUGACGAGUUUCAGAUCAUGAUGGCCUGAAUGACAUGUACAUAAUUUCGUUCGCAUAUUCUUUUAUUUCCCUUAGCUGUUUGGACAUUGAUUCUUUUAUUCAUUCAUUUCUUGAAUGGGGCAUUUCCUGUUCAUAUACAGACAUUUUAUUAUAUGAAUAACAUACUUUUCUUUAUGCAA